UUUGACGAUAGUUUGUCUCAUUGAAUGUCACGAUAUCAAUAAAGUUAGCACUUUCCAUUAAUUGUUCAAUAAUCCAAAUCUAAUUGAAGGAAUUCAUUCAGACGCCGUCUAUUUAAAAAAGUGGUAAAAUCGUGGCGUAACUCGAGUGCAUGUUACUCUAAAAAGAUGUCGGAGGCAUCACAAACUACGAACGGUGAAGAAGUCGAAAACGCAGUAGCCGCUGAUCAAAUUAUCGAAAAACGCAUCGGAUGUGCACAUUACAAGAGGCGUGCUAAAUUUGUGACCCCAUGCUGCAACAAGCUGUACAUGUGUCGCUACUGUCACGACGAGAAGGAACAACACUACUUCAACAGGAAGUCGGUCACUGAGCUCAUCUGCACCGAGUGUGAUAUGCGGCAGAAGGUGCAGGCUGAAUGCUCCAAUUGUGGUGUCCGGUUUGGGAAGUAUACAUGCCUGAUCUGCAACCUGUUUGACGAUGAAGACAAGAAGCAGUACCACUGCGAGGGGUGCGGCAUCUGCCGCGUGGGCGGUCGCGACCGGUUCUUUCACUGCGAGCGCUGCAACAUGUGCCUGCCCGUGCAGCUGCAGUGCGUCGGUCACAGGUGCGUGGAGAACGUAUCCCGAGCCAACUGCCCGGUGUGCCUCGAGGACAUCCACACGUCGCGCAUCCCGUGCCACAUCCCCGACUGCGGGCACCUGCUGCACCGGCCCUGCUUCGAGCAGAUGCUCAAGUCCGGCCACUACGCGUGCCCCACCUGCCAGACCAGCAUGAUCGAUAUGACCAAUUUGUGGAACUACUUGGACUCUGAAGUGGAUGCGACUCCUAUGCCCCCCGAAUAUGCAGACUACAAAACCACAAUUUUAUGCAAAGACUGUCACAAGCUUUCAAUAGUAAAAUUCCAUGUGGUCGGGUUGAAGUGCCAGUUCUGUGGUGGAUACAACACAUGUCAGACCAACGGCUUCCACAAGGACUCGAGCACUUCGGAGGCGUGCGAGACGGCAUCACCGUCAUCGUCUACGUCAUCAUCAUCGACGAGCAGGAGCGGCUCGUCAUCGGUGACGUUCGAGCGCGAGGAGCGGCAUGUGGACGCCGGGGAUGAGCUGCCGCGCGCCAACCCGAUGGACGAGCCGCCGCAGGCCUGAGGUGUGACGCAGAACAACAAAAAUGUGAAACCAGAGCGAACCAUAAGAUCUAAAAGGAACAACACAUUUUAUUUUAAUGUAAAAUAAAGUACAAUAUUGUAUCAAAAAUAUUUGUAAGUGCUACUUUAUACCAGCAGAGACUUCUUAGUAGAGAUUUUAACAAACAAACAAACAAAGAGAUUUUGACAAAGAAAAUAUUUAAAUAUUGGGCUACUAAUAGACCGGAAUGAUGAAAAAUAAAACAAAAAUACCUCAGACUUAGAUUACUAUGCCUAUAUCACUUAUUUUGAUUGCUGCAAAAAAAAAUCUUCAUUAUAAAAAAGUUCUGCUGGUUCGAAGUAAUUUUGUCUACCUGCUUAUAUGUCACUGUAAAAUUACAAAUACCGUUAGAUUAUAAUCUAUCUCGCAAGAUUGUUAACUGUCGAAAGAGUCGAAAAAUUGUAAAACGCAUCCACAGAAUAAAGAAUGAUCCAGAAUGAGUCUUUACAAGCAACGUGGUGAAGCCAGUGAAACCCAUGAAACCUAUAUGUCACGCGUCUCAUUGACCUCCGUUUAAACAAUUUUAUUUUAAAUUUAAAACUGACAAAAAUUACGUAAAUUAAUAUAAUAAUCAAUAAUUACCAAUGACAAAAUAGUCCAUCUUUUUUCUUUAGUUUUUGUGAAGUUUUCAAAAUAUUUAUAAAUAUAAGACGCCAUUUUUCUUGUAUAAUAUUAAAAAUUACUAAUGCGACGCCUCGUGUCGUACAGACUCGUGAAUAUAUUCGUUUUUAAAUUUUGUAUUUGGAACGGCUACGACACCGUCGUCUUCCGUGCGCUCUAUCUACCUAUUAUUCUUUAAUCUGUGACCGCAACAUACUGCUUACAAUUUAACGUGUUAUUAUUCAACAGAAAUAGGAGGUAGCCUUUUUUUAUUUAAUAUAAAAUACCUAUAACCUAACCAUUGGUUUCAGAGUUCCGGUUCUUUGGAGUAUGUUGCAGUUCACAAUCUCGCUAGAUAGAUUAUAAUCUGACGGUAUUUACAAUUUUACUGUGACAUACAUAAUAGAUCUUUGUAAUAAUAUCAUUCAUAAUAAUGAUCUUUUAAUAAUAACUCAUGGUACAUAUAUUAAGUUGUAAUAUACUUUUUUCAGCUUCUAAUAAUAAAUAUAUUUUAGAGAAUUAAUCCAGCGACAUUAAGGGGUCAUGCGCAGCGCCGGACCGAGGUAAAUUUUAGAAUGGAGCGAGAUCCAAUUAUGGCGCCUUUCCCGUUUGUUCCUAACAUUAUAUACUAGGGACGUUUGAAAAGUUCGUAGCCUAAUUUAUAUCGGAAUGUCAUACAUUUUUAACCGACUUCAAAAAAAGGAGGAGGUUUCUCAAUUCGACCGUUCGAUUUCGAUUCGAUUCAAGCCGUUUAAAUCAUAAAGAUUUUAACUGGAUUUUCAGAUACUUCUUUCAGAUACGGCUUUAAUUAACACAGCACUAACUUGGUACCGCCUUCAAACUGAUCAGAAGGUAGCACAUACGAUGUUAUGUUUCGCUUUUAAUUUAAUGGAAACUUUAUUAUGAUUUUAAGGUCGGUUGUUCUUUUUUAUUAUUAUUAUUUUUAAAUUACCCUCAUGUUAAAGCUACAUUAUUCAAUAUAUAUGUAUUCGUUACGUUCCCCACGCGAUCCCGUCAAACAAAUCGUGACUAGGUACUCGUAUUUUUAACAUGAAAAAAAAUCGAGUAUCUUAAUCUUAAUAAUAAACUUAAUCACUGCAAUGAAGAACUUGAAGAAGAAAGGUUUAGCAAAAAAAAAUGAAGGUGAAUUACUGCCUUCGUAUAUAUCGAAGGCCGCGUGUUUUUUGCGCUUAGGUAAAAUGCCCAGCCAAAGCCACAGUCGAAAGCCCUAUUACAAACCCCUGGCCGAAGGUCGGUGUAAAAUAAAGUUCGCAGCCGAUUGUCGCGCGUUUUUUGCUAUAUAUCCGAUCUUAAUGAAACAAAGCCUAUAUGUUGCCCUGGACUAUGCUUAAUCUAUUUGUGAAAACCGCAUCAAAAUCCGUAUAAAAUAGAUAUAGACAUAGAAGAUAGAUAGAUAGAUAGAUAGAUUGACUUUUAGGAAGAUAGCUGACACUAUUGGCAUCUCAACAGAAGGCAAAAAUCACAUAAUCGCCUUGGCUUCUUUGAAUUGAACAAAUACGCGAUCGACUAACGAAUUUUCGCAACUGCUUGGAGUUGUUUGAGGCAGAUACUUGUGACCAUGGUUAAAACCUGAGUAUAUUAUUUUACUCCAGAAACAAAAGUACAGUCUAAAAAGUGGACACGACCAGGAUCCAAUGUUCUAAAAAGGCAGAAGCGGUUUUGCGUGUUGGAAAAGUAAUGGCCUUAGUUUUUUGAGAUUCGCGGGAUGUAAUUACGGUGGAUUACUAAAAAAAGGCCUAAAUAUAAACUCUGCUUAACAGUGAAAUCUGCUGCGAUGUUUCAGAGGACAAAUUAAAGAAAAAUGGCCAUGGUCAUUGAGAAGAAAAGUUUUGUUUCAUCAGGAUAAUUUGCGAGUUUCUGCUAUGCUUUUAACAAACGUGUGAAACGUUUGUUAAAAUAAUAGCAGAAAUUCAUCAGUAUAAUUUAGAAUUCUUACCUUACCACCAUAUUCAUAUGAUCUAGUCUCAUCUCCAUCAGACUUUUAUCUAUUUCCGAAGCUAGAAAAAGCACUUAUCGAGUUCAAAAUUUUUAUGAAAAUGGUCUAUGCAUUUUCUAAGAGUUUAAUGAAAAAAAAUAGCUGGUAUAGAAAUGUUUCCAGGCCAACAAAAUAAGUGUAUUGAGCUCUAAAUAAAGUUGAAAAAUAAAUUAACUAAAAAUUUAUAGCUUUGUAGUUUCCUGACUUACUUAGGCUACGAACUUAUGGAACGCGAAGAUUUUGACCAUACUCAGACCAAUUGAAAAUCAGGCACAAUACCGUCUCUCGAUCACGUAGUGCCCGGGUGCAAUCAUCACCCUAGCGCCCCCUAGUACCUAUAGAACCCGCGCGGCGAGCGGCGCUUGGGCGCCCCUGAGAUCGCGGCACCCGGGUGUAACGCACCCCAUGCACUACAGUUAAAGACUCUAGUUCACGUAGCGCCUGGGUGCAAUCAUCACCGUAGCGCCCUCUACUACCUGUAUAUACCCGGGUUAAAAUCAACGCACUCCCUGCACCAUAGGUAAAGAAAGACGCCUCUAUUAGAAGUAAAUUCGCGCACGUCGCCUUCACCUCUUCGCUUUAAAUAUAGACGAUCGAAAAGAAAUAAAUUUCUUUUCGAUCUUGUCUUUACCAUUUCGGCGCCCCCUAGGAUUUGGCGCCUGGAGCGACCGCUCCGUUCGCCGUAUGGACGGUCCGGCCCUGGUCAUGCGUUAAAGUAGGGGGUCAUCAAAUAGUGAUUACACAUGUGGGGUCACUGUACACGAUGGUUGGCGCAGUGGAUAGUGACCCUGCUUUCUGCAUCCAGGGCCGUGGGUUCGAUUCCCACAACUGGAAAAUAUUUGUUUGAGAAUAGGUGUUUUACAAUUUCUGGGUGUGUUUAUAAUAUAGCGAGUAAAAACUCUGUUUGUCGUCUUGCGAUUGGUUGCUUGCGUAUCUGUCAAAACGAAGCUUGACUGUGUCCGCGCAAGAUAAGUCUGCGUGCGACUGGCGGUGAAAUUGUGUUGCCAGCGUUAGUGAUCUCUUUUACCCGCCAAGAGAUAGAUAGAGAUAGACGAUAAUAUGGCGACACUUGAUUAGUUCCGAUUUUGGCCACGCGCAAACUUAUCGUGCGCGCACUAUAGUAUUUAUGUUAUAUGUAAUAUACAAAAUGUAUAUGAUGAAAUCAGCCAUCUUAGUAUCCAUAACACAGGCUAUGCUUACUUUGGGGCUCGAUUGUGAUGUGUGUAUUUUCCAAAUAUACUUGUAUUUAUUAAUUUUAAAGUUACAUUACAAAUUAUGGGGUCACAUUAUCGAUCUCCUAUUAAAAAGUGGAUGCACAAUCAGUGACCAAAAAACGCACCCACUUAAUGAGUGCCAAACACGACUUAUUGGCACUCAAUUUAAGUAGUCUCAUUUGCAAAUUAAACCUUAAAAUCAGUCCUUAAGGUUGAAUUUGCUCUAAAUUUGGGAUUUUAUUGAAUAUUGGACUAUAUUUAAAGGCUUUUACGUAUAAUUUUCUUUACCAAUAUUAAAUUGUCAAAGCAAAAUUGGCCAUUAAGUGAAAUUUUCUACAUAAUUGUGCGUCCUUUUAUUAUAAUAGGUCAAUGGGUCACAUUGAUAAGUGUCUGUGUAAAUUAUUAAUUUAUCUGUUGAAAAUUUUCAAAUAAAUUAAACAUUAAUAUUUUAGGCAUACGAUUCCUCAAAUUUGUGAUGCUCAAAAUUUCCAUUUUUUAAUUUUAUAUUACAUUUAUUAAUAUAAUAAUAAUGAUGUGAUCAUCGCUUUAUUUUUACUUGUUUGUAUGAUAUUAAAAUUCAUUUGUAAAAUUAAGCAAUUAGACUAUCAUAUUUAAUGUAAAAAAAAUAUUUAACUAACUAAUAAAUAAUGUAAAUUAUUAUUAUUCGAAUAAAUAAAUAGCUAAACUUGCGUAAAUUCGUUGGAAUUUAACUGGUUUCAUUCUUAAUCAUAAACUUGUUCUUGGCGUAAACCUAAACUUAUGAUGAUGCAAAAACAAUGCCUACACAGGUCUCAUCACGAAUAUGUAUAUGAGGAGGAGUUUUCCAUUAUACAGUUUGUAUGAUGCCUACCCUAACUAAAAACCUUGUUCACGCCACUGGCGUAAACCAAACUGACGAACUUAACAAUCCUGGGGCUUUAGCUAUAUGGCACGUCGAAUCUCUUUCUACAAACGCUGUUUCGAAAACUAACAAAAUGUAUGGGAAUGACAGAUGCGACCGACAACUUGAUCACGUGACCUAUCAAUAGUGAAUGUCAUUCCAAUACAUUUUUUAAUUUUCGAAGCGUUAGCGUUUGUAGAAAGAUAAUCGCCGUGCCACAAUGGCUAUAGGUCCUAGUUAGUCGGACAUAUAUCAACGAAUUAACGUGGGUUAAGAUGUUUAUUUAAUUCAGUAUUAUGGAAUACUCGUGUUUUUCGAAAAUUUUAAAAUCUAAAUGGUUAUAAUUAUUAUUAAAAUGAGUGUUUUACCGUCAAGGCUUAAAAUUGUGAAUGCAAAAAAAAAUGUCACUUGUCAUAUUGUUUUUGUGAUAUUACUUGUAAUACUCUCAUUAACGUCAAUAUUAUUUAACUUAUUAUCUCUAACCAGUGGCGUAACUAUAACCCGUGUGCAUUAACUUGAUACCUGGCUAUCAAACACAUUCAUACAAACAUCAUUCGCCCCAGGUGUCAAGGUAAUCCGCACGAGCUAUAUAUUAAUUGAUUUACGGAACCUCCUUUAGUAAGGGCUCAUACUUGGUGGAGGUAAUUAACAACAUAUCUGCCGCGCUUGUGUGAAUCCAAAAAUCCCCCCUUUGGCUCCCCACCUGCAUUAGUGCUAUUUACGCCACUCAACGAUAUUUUAUACUAUUAGAUAUGGCAUUAGCGCAUCGUAACACUCGAGAAUGGCUGCUUAUUUUGAUCUUUAAAUGUUCGUGGAGGUUUUAAAGGUGAGAAAUAUAAGAAUAAUUGCCAGGAAAACCAUAAAAACAACCCUUUUGUAUUUCCCAUACAAACGUUUAAGAGUCAAGAGGUAGGGGUAGGGUAGUGUAGAGUAGGGAUAGUGAAGAAGUACACAGGUCAAAGCGAAGCUUGAUCGGGUCCGCUUAAGUAAACAAAAAAAAGAGCCGUGAUAGCCCAGUGGAUAUGACCUCUGCCUCCGAUUCCGGAGGGUGUGGGUUCGAAUCCGGUCUGGGCAUGCACCUCCAACUUUUCAGUUGUGUGCAUUUUAAGAAAUUAAAUAUCACGUGUCUGAAACGAUGAAGGAAAACAUCGUGAGGAAACCUGCAUACCAGGAAAUUUUCUUAAUUCUCUGCGUGAGUGAAGUCUGCCAAUCUGCAUUGGGCCAGCGUGGUGGACUAUUGGCCUAACCCCUCUCAUUGUGAGAGGAGACUCGAGCUCAGCAGUGAGCCGAAUAUGGGUUGAUAAUGAUGACACAAAAAAAUAUUGUGCAAGUAUGUGCUCAGAGGCGUUGAGUGUGGAACACUUUUUGCGGUGAUAUUGUAGGCACGUAACAUAUCUAAUAGUAUAAAAUAUCGUUGACGCCACUGGCCUUUACUUAGAAAUAAUACAACGUAAAACAAUGUUUUAUCGCCAAUGUAUAUUGAUAAUAUUUGUAUAAGUAGUUACAUCCCUGUUUGCUUAUAUAUACAGGGUGUUGUGGAGUAUUUUUCAUAAUUUCAAGGUAUUGACAAGUCCACUUAUAGGAGCCGAACUGCAUAAUUAUUUUUUUUAACUAAAAAAAAAAAACUGGUUUUCGUAUGAAGUAAUUCAAAUAAUUCUGACUAUCCAUGUAACACACGCCUUUAUCUAUCCUUGCAUUUUAAAAUACGUAAUCGUAUUGGUAAGACUGUCGAUAUCGACGAGAUAUUGCAACUGGCACUCCGCACUUCACUAGUAAGCUACUUCAUGAUAUUUAUCAAUGUCUCAGUUUAGUCAUAAUAUAAGGGACACAAUUAAAGAUCUAUUUAGAAAAGAAAUAUUUUUUACUCCGGUAAUAUUAAUUUUAAAACGCAUCCUUAGGCAUUGAUAAUUAAUUAUGCUUACAAAAUAUAAACCAAGAGUUAUGGGAAAUCUCUCGAGCACCCUGUAUAAACACUUGAGGCUUAUGUUGAUAAAUAAAGUUAUUAUAUGCUGUACCAAUAACCAUCCAUUGUUUAUAGGACUAUAUCCGUCAGUGUACAUAAUAUAAUAUGGUGUAACUACAAAAAGGUAUUUUACGUCUUUACUGUACUUAAAAUUUGACUUGGGCCUACGACUACCUUUUCUAAAAAAAUAGUUUUUUAUUAAAAAUAAUCGCGUCGAAAUCAGUCCAUCCGUUUUAGAACACAAAUAUUAAGGUUUUAAACUUAAAACACUGUUUGUAGUUACACCACUAAUUGAUGUAUAAAUUUUAAUAAAAUGUAGCAUAAUAAUAUUAUUGAUAUUUUUAUUCAUCUAUAUGUUAGGAUAAGUAUAUAACGAUAUUAUGAAAAUUUUUAAAUCUAGGUGUAUACAUUGUAUACGUAUUUAUAUAUAGUAUAUAACUGUGUAUGAUAAUAUCAGCUAUCUUAGUACCCAUAACACAUACUGUGUAUGCUUACUAAGGGGUUAGAUACUAAUAUUCGGCCGCUCAGAAAUUGCGUUUCUGACGGGUCGUGAUCGUAUGGGGCUAACAUUCAAUUACUAUGGGGAUGAUGACUAGGUUUGAAUAUAUUGAUUUUUAUGAGGCAUUCGGGUUAAUAAGGUCAAUAUUACCUAAUUAAUAUUUAAGAAACAGAGAUUGACUGGAUUGCAAACUAAAUAAGAUUAUAAAAUUCCUAAAUCUACUAAAAUUAUUUUAUCGCAAUUAGAUGAAAAUGCAUACAUUUUUAGCUUCCUUACAUUAAACGUGACAUUUUUAAUAUAGAAACUAUAAACACAAACGCACAAAUUAUAAAGAAAUUUGUAAUGUUAUUGAACGCCCAUACAAAUCUAACGAUCAGCGAAUCAACGACGUCAUUAAUUCGUGCCACUUUGAAUGGGGCGUUUUUCAGGGAUCCGUAGCAGUGCUGCAAACCUGACCCUUUAAUCUCUAGCUCCGAAAGUAAUGAUCGCAGAUACCGUUACUUUUAAAAAAAUGCUUUACUAUUAGCAUACUCCUAAUUUGUAUACAAUUUAAAAAACUGUGAUCAUCCCUAGUGCCUCGUUUUUUAUCUCUACAAUAAUCACUACAAAGAGAAACAGUUGGUAUAAGCUUGAAACAGCGCAGUUCAACAACCUUGUACGCCAGUUCGAAGUUACAUUUCCCAUUCGAUCACGACCUGUCAGAAACGCAAUUUCUGAGCGGCCGGAUAUUAGAUUGUGAUGUGUGUAUUGUUUAAGUAUAUUUAUUUAUGCCCGUACGUAUUUUGAUUUUGGUUAAUUUGUCAUAAUAGUACUUGCAUAUUAAAAAAAUAAAUAUGUAAUUAAGUACAUAAUGAACUGUGAGAUGUUACUUUAUGAUUUGUAUUUAUUUACAUUGUUGGUUAUACGGUUUUGGAACAACCGCUUUUGUUUUGGUUUUGAUAUGAUUAAGAAAUAAAUUAAAGUACAAUAUUGUAA